AUGUCUGACGAGGCUCGUCGUGUGCUAGAACAAGGAUACGCGCAGACGAAAGCUGCGACGGCCUCGCCGGAUUAUGGUGCAUUGAAUUUGGUCAGAACGGCCAAUGCGAAACUCGGCUACAUUAGUCCUGACCUCCUCCCCGAUGUGAGAGUCCUGAACAAUAUGAUUAAGUCGCCUGCAGCUUACGUUGAAUUCAAGAACUUCGACGAGUCCCAUGCAGGGACGGCAACGAAGCAACGCAUCCGGCCCACGGUAACUGGGUCAGUAGUAGUGGUUUUAGAGGAGGUGAAAGAGGGCAAGGACAAAGAGAAUCCUACCCCCAGGUUCAGCAUGGGCAAGUGGAUGAUGCAGUUCGCCAGAUAUUCAACUGCACUUAUGGUUGUAGAUCCUGAGUGCGCUCAGAAUAGCACCGUAUUUUCGAGGUAUCAACUAGAGAUUGGCUAUUUGGCUGAUGAGUCCUCUUGUCGCGAUGCUCUUGAGGCCGACGCUAAGCAUCGAAGGUCUAUCUCGAAGCGAGUUAUGUCGGGUAUUCCUCUGUGGAGCUGCUUUACCGAGGGUCAGUUCAGAAGUUUCUUUGAUAGAUGCUUAUCUGAGGCCGCAGGGAGGAAAGCGUAUCGAGAUGCUGCAACUCCUUCCUGGAGUUAUAAGGGUAAAGGAUACGGUAAAGGCUCUGGAAAAGGCGCUGGCAAAGCAAUGAGCAAGAGCGGCAAGGGCCGCAAGGGUGGUUCGAUGACAUCCUGGUCAUCUAGCGACAACUCAUCUUGGCAUCAAACUUGGGGUCCGAAGGAUCAGAAUAUCAAGAGAGGGUCCGAAAGCUACCCUCAGGCUAGUGCCGCCAAGAAGACGAAGGCCGAGGGACACUGA